AUGGCAUGCGAUUCGGCUUCCGAAGCUCGUGGUGUUGCUGGCGUUGGGAUUGCGCUAAGUGUCACGGCCGAGCGUUCACUUCUCGAAUGGAUCACGAUUAACAGCCGACCUUGCGCAGUUUCUUCUCGUGUAACUCCUCUUCCUCCUCCUCCUCCUCCUCCUCAGCGUCCACCACCACCGACCACCACCACCAACAAGAACACCGCUACCCAAUACAGUCGGUAG